AUGGAGACCUCAAUAGGGAAAAGGAGUUCCAAUCCUUAUAUUCCACCAAAGGGUCAGUUGACUAAACAAAGGAGUUCUAAGUUAGAGAGCAUACUUGAAAAAGUGCUAGCCAACCAAGACAAAGUAGAUAGAACAUUGAAUGGGCUGACUGAAACUGUAGGAUCUCACGCUAUUUUCAUUCAGAAGCUUGAGUCACAGAUGAAGGAUAUUUCCAGAGAGCAACACCUUUUACAGAAGGGAGGACUGCCAAGUGAUACUAUUCCAAAUCCGAAGAAUGGUGGAGGUGGUAGUGCUGAAAAGAAGGUGAUUGAGCUCAAGCCAAUUGUUGAAGAGGAAGAGGCACAGUCUGAUGUUCUAACUAUUAUUGAAGAGGUUCCGACAAAGAUUCCUAUUGUCGAGAAGGUUGCUGAUAUUCCGAAAAGUUCAAAGAAGACUGAGACCAGUGACACCUGCAAGCAAACUGUUAAAGGGGAUUUUCGCCCUUUGACCCAACUUUUAAAAUCUAAACCUCCCUUUCCUCAAAGGUUGGUGAAGAAGACGGAAUAUACUAAGUGUCAAAGAUUCUAUGAUCAACUGAAGCAGUUAUCGAUGAACGUUCCAUUUCUGGAUGUUGUCAAAGAAAUACCCGAAUUUGCAAAGUAUUUGAAAGAUUUACUGACAAAGAAGAGGUCCGUGAAGCAUGACACUGUGAGUUUGACUCACCAUGUUAGUUUAAUAUUAUCUACAAUAACAAUUCAUAAGAAGAAAGAUCUAGGGGCCUUUACUAUUCCAUGUGUUGUCGGCCACCAUGACUUGGCUCGUGCUUUUUGUGAUAACGGGGCUAGCAUCAAUCUAAUGCCGCUUGUUAUAUACAAGCAAUCGGGAUUAGGGAUGCCUAGACCUACUACCAUGCAACUGAAAAUGGCUGAUAGAUCUAUUAAGAGGCCGGUUGGAGUUAUAGAUGAUGUACUAGUUUGGGUUGGUGAUAUUCUUCUACCUGCUGACUUUGUGAUUCUUGAUUGUGGUGUUGAUCGAGAUAUUAUUAUUAUUUUGGGAAGACCUUUCCUUGCUACAGGAAGGACUCUUAUGGAUUCUGAAAAGAAUGAAAUCAAAUUCUAA